UGCAACUAGCAUAUAGGUUAUCCAACUAGACGAAUAAACGCGCGCGCGCCACAUAGCGCCUUGAAUUAACAAAACUAUUUAUUUGCGAAGAGAAUGCAUCAUCCAAAUAGAUAACAGAAGAUUAUUGCAAAUUGUCUCGAACAACUAGAGUAAAUUAACACUGCAUAACUACAGACUUGUCUCCCGAGAAGAAAUUUGUUCGAACUAGUAUCGUGUUUUCAGUGCGAUUGAGAAGGAGAUUGCUUGUUGCAAGUUGGGUUUGAUUUGAAGGAAAUGAGUUCCACCAUUUUUGCAUGUAAACCCCAUUUAUGCAAAUGCCCAAAUUAUAGUUAUGCAUUGAUGAAGCAGUCAAAUAAGAUUCCUCCAUAUAAACAAAAAAUGUUGGCAUUUGGAGACGAAAUUGGAUUCGGAAUCACAGUUCACCAUCCCAAAAUUAUUAGCACUAGUAAAAAUUGGUUUCUACAGUUGGACAGAUUUUGGAAACAAAACAUGCUUCUGAAAGUACCUACCCUGAUCUCUUCAUUCUCAGGUGUGGAAUGCACUUUGACAGAGCUUUUCAGGAGAUUCCUUACUGGAGGUCUUGCUGUAGUGAUAUUUUUCCUGAAUAUUGUUCCAGAAGCAAGUGGUAACAACUUGACUACUCCACCACAUGCGUCUUAUGAUUGCGAGGAUGUUUCUCAUUAUUAUUCUUCAUUAGAAUGUUUGAAAGAGGAAGAACUUAUGGAAAAGAUGCAUGUUAUUAUUUCUCCACAUCAUUCGAUACCUUAUAAGCAGGUUUGGGAUGCACUUAGGGAGCUUGAUGCAGUUGAUAUUGAGCAUCCAAAUGACUCACCAAAUGUGAUUGAAAUAUACAGCCAGAAAGCUGUCCCUAAAGCUUUGGCAGGCAAGCUGGAAGGAUGGAAUAGUAAGUUUCCAUAUUAUAAGCAGAGAAACAAAGUAAAUGUCACGAUUCCAUAAGGAGUAGCAGACAAUUACCUUUUCCCUGGCAUCUUCUGCACAUGCACUGUUGUGUUUACAUGCAUGUGCACACCCACUCUCUCAUACACUUCUCUAGUUUUUCUUCUUUUGCCUUGUGGUGGGGAUUCUUAAAACUAAGGAUGGGAUAAUCUUGGGUGCGUACUUUGGAAACAAAAAAAUCUUCAACUAAAACUGAAAGCCUAAAAUGUCAAAUCUGCUAACAACCUGCAAGGUUUUCAGGUUUCAAUAUCUGAUUUCAUCACUACUAAGCAUAUCUUGACGUUAUCCAUUAUACAACUGCCUGCAGUACUGUAACAAAGCUGUAGCGAUCAUUGAUGGUGGCUAAAAUGAGGCACUGUGAUAUCUAGUUAGAAUACAAUGUCUAUGACUUAGAUUCUUGGAAGGGGCGUUAUCAGCAAUGUAUUAAAGAAAAAUUUGGCUAGGCAACAAUCUAUAUCACUAUAUGUGAUUUGCAUGCCAGUUGCUGUGCCUGUCAAUGAUCAUCACUCUCCGUAUGGCUUUAUUUUGUGGCUUAUGUUAUUUUUAAAAAGUGCAGGUUGAAGCCAUUACAAAACAAUUGCAGAUUUG